AUGACUGGACUAUGUGGAUACUCCACUCCAGACAUGCAUAGCCUCAGGCUCAUCAUGACACCAGUUGAGGUGCUUCUUUGCUAUCUCCUCCUGCACCCCGUGGAUGCCAUUUCGUAUAGAAAACAGACAGAUGUCUCAAUGCAUCUUCCCUCAUCCUUGGGAUCCCAGUCACCCUCCUCAGAAUCCUUGUCUUGCCAGACCCUGCUCCCAAAGUCCCUGCCUGGCUUCACCCAUAUGGCCCCUCUACCCAAGUUCCUGGUGGGCCUGGCUCUAAGGAAUGCCCUGGAGGAAGCUGGUUGUCAGGCUGAUGUCUGGGCCCUGCAACUUCAGCUCUACCACUGGGGUGGUGUGAACGCUACGCAGGUCCUCAUCCGCCAUCUUCAAGGGCUCCAGAAAGGCAGAAGCACAGGGAAGGCAGUGUCAUUGGAAGCCCUGGCCUCUGCUCUGCACCUGUUAGCCAAAGAGCAGCCUGGCCCAGAGAGGACCCGACGCUCCCUUCCCACGGAGGACUGUGAGAAUGAACAGGAGCAAGGUGUGCACAAUGUUGUCAGGCUACUGCCGGGAGUGGGAACCUACUACAACCUGGGCACAGCUUUGUAUUAUGCUGCUCAGAACUGCUCAGACAAGGCCAAGAAACGAGGCCAAGAUGGGGUCAUAGAUCUGGGUUAUGACCUUCUGAUGACCAUGGCUGGGCUGUCAGGGGGGCCGAUGGGUGUAGUGAUCAGUGCUGCACUUAAACCUGCAUUAAAGGCUGGGGUUCAGCAGUUGAUUCAAUAUUAUCAUGAUAAGAAAGAGGCAAACAUUCCUCAACCAGAGGCCAGCCAGGAGGGGUUGGUGGGCACCUCAGAGGUGAGUGACCUGGAAGAAACAACUACUAUUGCUCCUUUGGUACCAGAAGUAGUAAGUCCAGCUCCCUACUGGGGGUCAGCCUUAUUCUGGAGGUAUGACUUAGAUCCUGGGGCUGAGAGUCUUGAGACAUAA